AUUGUGCGCAGCGGAAACCGGAGAAGAAGGAGAAGGGUGAGACUGGGACCGAAUCGGCCGAGAAAAGCAAAGGGAAAGGGAAAGACAAGCCACGCCCAGUACGAAACAUCUAUCUAGUACGACACGGCCAGUAUGAGAUGAAAGAAAAAGACGAAGACUGCAAAUUGACAGCCUUGGGACGUGAACAGGCGAAAUUAGCUGGACAGCGCAUCAACCAACUGACGUUCAAAUUAGAUAAGAUCUUCUACAGCACAAUGACCCGAGCCACCGAGACAGCCAAGAUAAUUAUGGGAGAGAUGAAAGACGUGCCUGCCAAUGAGAGCUGUGAUAUGACCCGCGAGGGUUGCCCGAUCCGACCCGAGCCUGAUAUCUGGGGUGUACCUACAGACGCCGACUACUUCGAAGACGGCGCACGCAUCGAAGGUGCCUUCCGCAAGUACUUCUACCGACCCGACCCAGACCAGAAGGAAACAUCGCACGAGAUGAUAGUGUGCCACGGCAAUGUCAUCCGCUACUUUGUGUGCAGGGCGCUACAGGUACCACCGGAAUAUUGGCUGAGAAUGGGUGUGGCUAACUGCAGCAUAACGCACAUUACCAUCACAGCAUCGGGACGUGUGUCGAUACGCGCUUUAGGCGAUGUGGGACAUGUGCCUGCGGAUAAGCAGACAUUUACGUAAACGUAUUGCGAACACCUAAUUUAUCACCAAGUAUACGAGCGUAUUAAUAAACGUUACCCUUUCGUAGAAAUACGCUGACUCCUACUUCUGCCAAGCCUCUGGGAAAUGGUAUGCCACACAGUCCAAGUAAAGUGAACACAAGGGGUCUGUUAAGCCUAAGAGCAUGUGCAAAACCCUCAAACCCUAAAACCCUGUAACAAGGGGUCCCCCUCAAGCCUAAGAGCCUGUGCGAACCCUGUCAUGAGUACGAGCAGGGGUUGUCGUGUUUAUUCAUGUUCAUUCCGAGGUCAUCUGAAAUAUACUGCCUGUUUUGUGGGCCUUUUUUGGGGCCAAAGUUGGUUCACCUCACCUCGUCUCAUACACACGGACCGUACAGUGGUUAACCGCAUGCCGACAUGGGCGAAGGCUGUACCAUCCGCCAUCUAUUUUGGCCUCAAUUGCGGCGCUCCGGACAGUACGAAUUGCCCUCACACCGGAGAACAGUGUCAACUCCACCAUACACUCACUACAGGUGUCGUUGACAAGUAUCGCGUCCUGAAAGUUCUGUACCUAGUGUUAUCACUAUUAUUGGUCGCGUACACACUUGUUGUGCCGGAGAGAGUGUCUUACCUUCACAAAUCAGCCACAUCCAUAUUCCGCAGAUGAACGGCUGUGGUUAUAAGCGAGUGAGAAUACAUAGCUGUGUAUGCCCAAGACAGCAAGCACCUGCCGGCGCUAUGUAUACACUGGGCCACCCAACCUGCACCAACAUCUAUACUCCUAUCAUGCAUAUACCUAACACGUUUACCUACCCAGUACAUAUACCUACACGUUUACCUACCCAGUAACCUCACUCGUCGGCUAUCUUAAUCACCACCUUGCCCUUGGCCCUGCGGCUCUGCAACACCUCAAAGGCCGCUCGCACACCUUCAGUACUGAAGUCAAAGGGUCCGUUCGGAUCCACUAUACACUUCAAGCUACCGUCGUCUACGUAUGCGAAUAGCCUGGCCAGCAUCCCUGGUGAACAAUCCAGGGCUAGGAUCAUGGUGUACUUACGGGUGAAAGGCCAUACCCGGGUCCAGAGAGCUCUGCCCAGCUUGGGCGUCACCCACUUCAGGGCGUCUAGUACACUGUGUAUGUAGU